AUGGCUGGCUCAGACGAAGCAAACAGUCAUCCAGCAGAGGGAAACACCAGAAUCAAUAUUACUGGUGCCGAACUGCAAGCCUUGAUCACUGCUGCAAUUUCUCAAGCGGUAGAGGCUAAGUUUAAGAGCCGAGUGUUGUUCGGUCUCAAACUCUUUCGAAAACCCAUUCUCAACCACAUACUCACAGGAAAACCAAGAGACUUUACAGGAGAAAAAGGGGCGAUAGACUGUUUGAAGUGGUUAGAUGAGAUGGAAACGGUGAUAGAUAUUAGCGGUUGCGCUAAAGAAGAUGUGGUUAUGUUUGUCUCCCAAUCUUUUAAGGGCGAUGCCCUUACAUGGUGGAAAGCGCUUGUACAAUCCACUGGGAAAGUGCAUUCGUAUAAUCUCUCAUGGGAGAAGUUUGUUGAUCUGGUUAAGGACACUUAUUGUCCUCAGCAUGAGGUGGAGCGUAUAGAGACUGAUUUUCUCACCCUCGUGAUGAAGGAUCUAGACUGUAGGUCCUAUGUGACUAGUUUCAAUUCUAUGUCGAGGCUUGUGCCAUAUUUAGUCACACCUGAGCCCAAGCGCAUUGCGCGUUUUAUUGGUGGUUUAGCCCCUGAAGUUAAGGGGAAUGUUAAGGCUUUAAAUCCAACCACCUAUAGAUCCGCUGUGGAUCUAUCAUUGUCCCUCACAUUGGAUAUUGUGAGGAGCAAGGCGAAGAAAAAUUCUGAAGAGGGGAAGAGGAAGAGAGAGGAUGAUCAGUCCUCCCAGUCGAAUAAGAAGGGAAAAGGGAACUCUGGUUCCAAGAAAGGGUAG